AAUUUUGAAAACACCAGUUUGCGCUACACCGUUCAGUGUUCACCAUUCACCAAGAUGGCUUUGCUCGUGGUUGUCUGCCUUUUUGCCGUCCUGUCCAGCGUUCUCGCUGCACCGGCAACAAUCAACGGUAAGACACCCAUCGACAGGACAUGCACGACGUCACCAGUGCGUUCCGCGGAUCCGGUCAAAUGCUUUACUCCGGAAGCCGUGAAAAGCGGUGAGCCAACAGAGCCACUCUUGUUUGAAGGUGACAUUGCAGGUGUCAUCCAGCCAGGAGACACCAUCACAGAUUUGCAUAUGAAAUUGAACAGCAAAAGCAAGGCUGGAACACUGCAAUAUGCUCGAUGGUGGGGGGCAUAUGUAUACUACGAAAUCGACGACAUCUUCACCGAAGAGGAGCGCGAGAUCAUCAUGGGGGCGUUCAAGGAGUUCGAGAAGACGGAUGUCGUUCGUUUCUACCCGAGAUCGUCCCAGGAGGACUACAUUAAGAUCUUUAAAGGCUCUGGCUGUUGGAGCUAUGUGGGAAUGCUUCGUGGAAUGCAGCAGGUGUCCAUUGGACCAGGUUGCGCUUACCAUGGCAUCGUUGUCCACGAGCUCAACCACGCUAUCGGUUUCUGGCACGAGCAGUCGCGACCGGAUCGGGAUGACUACGUUGAUCUGAACCUGGACAACGUUCAUGAAGGACUCCGCUAUAAUUUUGAUAAAUACGAAGCCAGCCUAGUGACGACCUCCAACACCGGCUACGACUUUGCCUCGAUUAUGCACUACGACCAGUACGCCUUCGCCAUGGACUACGACAUGUGGACCAUCCGCCCUAAGCCGCAGUACAGCCACUACGAGAUCGGGCAACGCUACUAUCUGACGCCGACGGACAUUAUCGAGAUCAACUCCCUGUACAAACUGUGCGCCACGCUGUGGUAUGAAGCGGAUUACACCAAAGGCGAGUCACGGUUUGUUGGGGGAAUCGAGGCCAAUCUGCAUGCUCUCAGCCAGGAUCAGUUCAGUUCGGCCAAGGUCACCCCGGGAUGCGCGUUAACGCUUUUCAACCAGGUCAACUUCCAGGGUCAGAGCACCGUGUUGAGGGCGACAGAUGAAGUGUCGGAGUUCAGUUUUGGCGGCCAGAAUUACGAUAAUGAUGCGCGAUCGCUGAAAUGCACUUGCUCUUAGACUGUUGAUCUCUAUUAAAGAGGCGGGCCGUUA